GGCGUGUCUACUUCGUUUUGAUGCACUGUCUGUAUUCUAUAUAUCCGGUGGACACAUUAGUAUUUCAUCGUGGUGUAUCUAAUUUAGGAUAUCACGAUGGAGUUAUUAACUUUCCCAAUUCACGUUACGUAGAUGGCUUCAUUUCUAUAUCUUACCCUGUACGUAAUGGUUGUCGUCCAUUGUUCGGUGUUUCAACAUUUCCAUUUGACCCAUCAUUGGUGAAGAAGCGUCGCAGUCGACCUCGUGUUGAUCAUGUAUCUAGAGCACGUCGUAAGCUUGAGAGUGACCAUUCCGCUAUGCAUGGUCUUGCUACUUUAGGCACUCAGGGAUCUACCAGUGAAGAUCAGCGUGCAGCGAGUCUUAUUGAGUUCAUAUCUCGUAUUGAGGCUAAGCCACGCCGUAAGCGUUUGCCAUUGCCGAGUGACCCUGGUGAUCCCAGUUACGAUGCGUUAUUAUAUCUCAAGGGUUUACCGUACGAUUGUGUUGAGUCUGAUAUACUUGACUGGCUUUCAUCUUAUUCUAUUGUGGAUGUCAUCUUGAUAAAGAACGAGGAGGGUUGUUUCACUGGAGAUGCCUAUGUUCGUUGUAGUACCUUAUCGGAGCGUGACCGUGUACAUCGUGAGAUGUCUGGGAAGUAUCUUGGUUUACGUUACAUUCCAAUAUAUCGUUUAACCGAGUCUGCCUAUAUGGAGUACUACCAUGUAGGUUAUCGUCGUGAGCCUGCUAAGCGUAAUCACAUUCAUCCACGUUAUGUGGUUGCUAAGCAGGGUGUAGAGAUUGUGUCCACUGACAUCAGCGUACUCAAGACCGGCUCUCGUGUUUGCGGCGUUGUGAAUGAGAUUUAUCGCAAUGGUCUUUUAUUAGACUGCGGCAUAUACGAAUUGGUUGACGGUUAUCGUGAGCGUGUAUUUUGUGUUUUAUUACGUAAUCGUCUUGCUCGUAAUGUUGGUUUAUCAGGUCAGCAUCGUGAAUGGCUUCGUGAUAAGGACCUUGUUUUAUUUCCUGGUAUAAAGCUGAAUUUAUACGUUGAGAAAAUCCGUUAUACAUCAGCUAGGACCUCAUUUGAUGGCGAUUUAUGGCGUGAGCAUUUGGGUGAGCCAUUUGAGUCUGUUGACCGUAGUGGGAGCACUUCCCUUCGUUCUAUGGUUUAUUUGACCAUGGAUUCUUCGGUGAGUGAUGACAAGGUUGCUUGGUGGGAGCGUCGUCUAUUUGAUUCUUAUGCCAAGUUUACACUUAUCGAUGCUGGGUCUAAGCGUGAUAAAGUAGCUGUGGUUGCACCUAAAGUCAAUCCUGUUGUUGGUUCUAUUGCAGAGCCUGUUAAACUGGACCACGAGACGCUAGAUCAUGUUUCCUUUAGUACUUCAUGGUUAGAUCCUCUUCCUAAGGUAGAUCGUGCUAAAGUUGUUGUUGGCAAGGUAGCCGUCAUGGGUGACUGGAAUAUGCAUUACACUUCUAGGUUUGCCUUGGAGGAAAUGGAGGGCACCGAUCCUUCACCAGAGCCUGAUAUUCCUUAUAAUCAGCUUGUUAAUGAAUUUCUCCGUGGUUCUGUCGUUGAUCGUCACGGUACUCAUUACCAUGGUUUUGGUGAUAAUGAGCCACCUCUUGAGUUUGCAUUAAAAUCUGUUAGGGGUUCACCUCCUGAAAUAAAGUCUCCGGUGUCUUCUAGGGCACCGUCUGUCAAACCAGAUACAGCUAUGGCACCACCUGUAUCGGAGCAAGUUAAUGCUCCGGAACCACCUACGGAGGACACGUAUACAGUAGAAUCCGAUACGACAUUGGACAAAUCUGAUGCGUUGUUAGGUAAUUUGAAUCCAUUAGAGGACGUUCGUCGCCGGACCGUUGAGGAAAGCUUUACCAUAUUUCCUCGUCAAACACUAUUUGAUGAGUGCAUAAAGAUUCCUGGUACCGAUUGGCUUCUUCGGCGUUGUGACGUUCCCAAGUUGGCUCCACACCAUGUAAUAUCACUAUUGCAUCGUUUUGAUGUAUCAGAAGAUACAUCAGCGAAUGCAGAUUACGCCAACCGUGUACUACUGUGUGACAUUAUACGUGACCGCGGUCUUGGUACCGGUUUGGAUGCGCGUACAUUGAUAGAGAAGGGCGUAUACAAGUUAAACCAAUCUAAGAAGAAAUUGAAACGUAUAAUCGAGUUGAUGAAGCACUUAACUGGUCGCAAGUUUACUCGUGAUGAUUUGGACACUGCAUCAAAAUCUGAACUUCACAUGUUGGCUGAGGAGGCAUUACGUUACUUUUUACGUUGGGAGCCUGAUAUGGCUGUAAAGAAAUCAUUUGUUGAUAUGUACGGUGGUGACAUCGACUCUAAUUUAGACUUGGAUGCUCGUUGGGAUUCACUUAAGUGGACUAUUGUCAUUCGCAUAUACGGUGAGCAGAGUGACCUCAAGUCUAUAAUGCGUGACAUUGAGGCUAACAACCGUGCAUUCGGUGUAGCUCCUGGGCGUGCCACUAGUGACUUUGGUACUAUUGUACAACAUUCCUUAUCGAAGGAGUUCGGCUCACCUCGUAGUAGUGCCAAAUAGCGUCACAACCCGUUAUAUUAAUGGAAGUCAUUUGUUU